AUGACAUUUGGUGAGAAAAUAGUUUCAGACCAAGAUGCUGCAUAUGAUGCUACAACAUCUGCAGCACAUGUUGAUGUUUGUGCUCCUGUAGUACCUGAUUCACCAGACAAGUCUGUGCUUCCUGAUAAUGAGAAAUGUACUGAAACCACCAUCCCUGGUGAUGUCACUAGUCAGGAUAAGGGUGAAACUGAAAAUGUGUCUGAUACAAGAGAGACAAGUGUGAUUGAUGUUGAAAGUCUCAAAUCCAAAGGUACUCCUGUGACAAGGGCUGGUAUAACUAGAAGGCUGAGAAGUAGUACUGGAAAAGGUGUAGCCACUCCCUCUGAAGCCACCAAAGCUACAUUUGGGCCUAAGAAACAGUGGAGCAAGGUCACUGUAGCUUCUGAAAAUAAAAAGAAAACUUUGAAGAGGAAGACUAUUUCCUUUAGUGAUUCUGACUAUGAGGAGGACCAGGAUGCUGAAGCAUCUCCUGCAGCAUCUUCUCAGAAAUCUGCUAAGAGAAGAAGAAUGCCCCCUAAUAUACCAUUUGUACCAAUUGAUAAUAUCUCUUUUCACUGUGUUGAAAAUGCUGACAGAUGGAAAUUUGUGGUUAAAAGAAGACUUGCUGUAGAGAGGAACAUCAGUGAAGAAUUCUUGAAGUGUCAAGAUAUUAUGAAUCUGAUAAAUGAAGCAGGGCUGAUAAAGACUGUGUAUGAGUUAGGAAAAUGCUAUGAGAAAUUGACCAGAGAUUUCUUGGUGAACAUUCCAGCUGAUUGUGAUAAUCCCUUAAGUUCUGAAUACUUGAAGGUAUAUAUGUAA